CCGACAACUCAUCCCUUCGCCUCUGCGAGACAAGCAGCUGGCCAGCACAAGGCAUUCACUGGGUAGCCCUAAGCCACUGCUGGGGCGGGGACAAACCCCUCUCUCUAACACUAUCUCUCCUGUCCUCCUUCAAACAGAGUAUCGACCCCUCAUCCCUCCCCAAUACCUUCCUCGACAUGAUCACCGUGACUCGCACCCUGAAACUCUCCUACCUCUGGAUAGACUCCCUCUGCAUAAUCCAAGACUCCCCCUCAGACUGGGAAAAAGAAGCCUCUCUCAUGGGCUCCGUGUACAGCUUCUCCCACCUCACAAUCUGCGUCUCCUCGUCGCCUAACCCGUCUACCCUCUUCCUCCGCCCGCGGGAAUCCGACUGGCUCCCCAAAUCCUUCUCCUUCCCCGUCUCUCCCGGGAUUUCCGUCCCUAUCCAGGCCCGAAAAUGCCAUCUCCUCGCUGCUCCGCUAGAACAGAGGCUCUACGAGCCUCCUUUUACCUCUUCCUGGGCCACGUGAAAACGCAUCGGCCCCUUAUACGCCCGCGGCUGGUGUUUCCAGGAAUCCUUCUUACCCUCACGCAUCCUGCACUUCUCCCCGGGUGCCCUAAUCUUUGAAUGCCGCACCCACCGCCGCAGCGAAGAUCAGCCCCCCCUAUGUGUCCACCAUCCCGGGUACGUUGGGCGAAACGAUUACCCCGGAGGAAAAAUGGCGCAUGAUCGUUAAAUCGUACACGUCACGACAGCUGACUUUUGCGAGCGAUAAGUUGCCUGCUAUUGCCGGAGCAGCGACUACGAUGCCGCAGGCGAAAACGGACAGGUAUCUAGCAGGACUAUGGAGCUCGACGCUGUUGCUGGAUUUAUUGUGGCAGAUCAUGCUUGGCGGUGCGCACAAGAUGCUCACGUACGACGCGACCAGCGACGGCCAGACGACGCCUUCGUGGUCC